ACUUGCCUUAAACUAAUGAGUAAGGAAAACAAAGCGGUCGGUGAGAACCGGUCGCAGCGCUAACGUAAAACAUAAAAGUUGCGCAAGAAUUUAUGGAGGGGUUAUAGGCUGGCCGAUGUGUUGACGCUGCUUACUUUUGCAGAACUCACCUCGUGCGGGCCUCCCUACACCCAUCCCCUAAUCUUUUAGUUCCCAAAUCUUGACUCGAUUUGUGAUUUGUGAUGACGAUGCUUAAUAUUGUCGACAAGUUAAAAUUUUUUUUUUGGGAAAAUAUAAAGCCAAUUAAAGCGAAAAGGUUAAUUUUGAUUAAGCAUAUAGUGGAUUCUUCUAGAGUUUUCUCGGGUCUUGGAUCUGUUCCCCGAGUAUUUGCAAUUUGGAAUUGGUACUGUAAUUUAUUGGAAAAUCCGCCUCACUAUUUUUUUUGUGUUUUGCUUCUGACCCUCGACGAUUUUGCUGUGAUUUCUCAUAAAAAAAAAAUUGCAGGAUUCAGAGAUUAGUAAACAUUGUAAGGUUUAUGGUUUUUGUAGGAUCCAUUUGGAUUGUUGUUGCCACUGUGAUCUUGUUGAUUUUGGGAUGAGUACAGCAGAGAAGAUGGAGAUUUUGUUCAUCUGAUGACAGAAAGAGAAGACAUGCCAAUUGUUCAAAUCUCUGAUGAUUCAAGUCAUGCCAAGUGAUUGGCCUUUGUUCAAAUUUCAUUGAGUGUUGAAGUACUGGAUCGAAUCAUUGGAUGUUUAUGUGAUAAAGGUUAUAUUCGAACCCUCAAGGAGAAUCUCAGGGAUCUGGAGAGGGAAAUGGAAGAUCUCAGAGCAAAAAAAGAUGAGGUGCAGAACAAGGUAGUGAGAGAGGAGACACGCCAUAAACAAAAGCGUAAAGCUGUCCAGGUAUGGCUUACCCGUGUGGAUAACAUCGACACAGAAUUUAAUAAUGUGUUUAGUGAUAGUCCCGUUCAGCUUCAAAAGUUGUGUUUCUGUGGUUUAUGUUCAAAAAAUGUAUUUUCGAGCUACAAUUAUGGGAAAAGCGUAUUCUUGUUGCUGGAAGACAUUAAGGAACUUAAAUUAGCGGGUAAUUUUGAAGAGGUUGUUGAGCCUACUCCGAGAGCUGUAGUAGAGGAGAUGCCUACUCAGCCUACGAUUGGUCAAGAUAGAAUGCUGGAGAAGGCAUGGAAACGCCUUAUGGAAGACCAAGUCGGAAUCAUGGGUCUGCACGGUAUGGGUGGUGUAGGCAAAACUACCCUUUUCAAGAAAAUCUACAAUAAGUUUGCUGAAAUAGCUGGUAGGUUUGACGUAGUGAUUUGGCUCGUAGUGUCUCAAGGCGCAACGAUUUCAAAGCUUCAAGAAGGCAUUGCAACAAACCUACAACUUUGUAACGACGAGUGGAAGAAAAAAGAUGAAAGUGAUAAGGCCGCUGAUAUAUACGACGAUUUAAAGAGGAAGAGAUUUGUUUUGAUGCUGGAUGACAUAUGGGAGGAGGUGGAUUUAGAUGCCAUUGGUGUUCCCAGAGAAAGUGGAUGCAAAGUAGCAUUCACCACUCGUUCUCAGGAAGUAUGUGGGCGGAUGGGGGAUCAUGACGCAAUGGAAAUCAAAUGUUUGGAACGAGAUGAAGCAUGGGAAUUGUUUAAAAGCAAAGUCGGAGACAAUACAUUAAGAAGAGAUCCAGGCAUUGUCAAGCUAGCAAGAAGGGUUGCUGAUAAGUGUCGUGGUCUGCCACUAGCGCUUAAAGUCAUUGGUAAGGCAAUGUCAUCUAAAACAAUGGUACGAGAAUGGGAGCAUGCCGUCGAUGUUCUAACUAGAUCUGCUGCAGAGUUUUAUGACAUAAAAAAUGAAAUUCUUCCCGUUCUGAAGUUCAGCUAUGAUAGCUUGGGGGAUGAACAAAUCCAGUCUUGUUUCUUGUAUUGUGCUCUGUUUCCAGAAGAUGAAACGGUACCUGUUGAGGAUUUGAUACACUUAUGGAUAUGCGAGGGAUUCCUGGGGGCAUACCAAGUUAUAAAAGAAGUGUAUAAUAAGGGCUAUGCUAUGCUUCGUACCCUUAUACGUGCAAAUUUGCUGACAGAGAUGGGCACAGAAUUUGUUGGGAUGCAUGACGUGGUUCGGGAAAUGGCUCUGUGGAUUGCAUCCGAUUUUGGGAAACAAAAAGAGAAUUUUGUUGUGCAAGCAAACGUCGGAUUAGUUGAAAUACCACAAGUCAAGGAUUGGGGAGCUGUGAGAAGGAUGUCAUUAAUGAAGAAUAAGAUUGUAGAGAUACCAUGCAGCAGUUCCAAGUGUUGUGAACUUACAACUCUCUUCCUCCAAAAAAAUCAAUUGGAGAAUCUCUCGGGUGAAUUCCUUCAGUCUAUGAAAAAGCUAGUUGUUUUGGAUUUGUCGAAGAAUUACAACUUGAGUAAACUUCCAGAGCAGAUAUCAGAGCUGGUCUCCUUGCAGUAUCUUGACUUGUCGGUGACAAGUAUAGAGCAACUGCCAGUUGGUCUCCAAGAGUUGAAAAAGCUAACUCACCUGAUUUUAUAUUCUACAGAGAGACUUAGUAGUAUCAGUGGGAUAUCAAGGUUGGUGAGUUUAAGAGUGUUGAGUCUGUUUAGAUCUAAUGUUCAUGGAGAUGUUAGUGUAUUAAAGGAGCUGCAGCUCUUGGAGGAACUACAAGUUCUAAUGAUAACGGUAUCGGCUGAGUUAAGUUUGGAGCAUAUAUUAGGGAAUCAAAGGUUGGCAAACUGCAUAACUUAUCUGGAGAUUAUCGAUUUUGAUCAAGAAAAGCCACUCGAUUUAUCAUCCUUGGAUAGUAUUGAGAAUCUUUGUAGGCUAUGGGUGACAAGUAGCCAUGUCUCGGAUAUUAAUAAUCCGACAAUUCAAUCAUGCUUUACCAACAUCUCAACAGUGUCAAUAAGUGAGUGCCAUAGCAUGAAGGAUCUCUCUUGGAUAUUGUUCGCACCAAAUCUUGUCUACCUACAUAUUAAAGAUUCAAGAGAAGUGGAAGAAAUAAUAAAGAAAGAGAAAGCAACCGAUCUUACAGGUAUUACUAUUACCCCAUUUCUGAAACUAGAAUUCUUAUGGUUGGAGAAUUUGCCGAAGCUGGAGAGUAUCUACUGGAGUCCUCUCCCCUUUCCAUUUUUGAUGCGCAUAUAUGUAUCGAAGUGUCCAAAGCUGAGAAAGCUUCCCUUAAAUGCUACAAGUAUCCCACGACUUGAUGAAUUUGCAAUAUUUACCGUGGAAACUGACCUUGAGUGGGAGGACGAAGAUACCAAAAAUCGAUUCUUGCCUUCAAUAAAUCGGCCAAAUCGGUUCACUGUCUAAAGAUCCAUUACUCAGGAUUGGGAUUCUUCAAGUUGGAAAUCAGAAUCAUCGCUUCGUCUUACUAUUGCUUUCUCUUUCUUCUUCCUCUAGUAUGUGUGUGUUUGUGUUGUUCAUUUGGAUUUAAUGUUAUUCAUUGUCUUUUUGUGUUUCUUAUUGGAUUUAACGUUUGGGUUUUGCUUUAUUUAGAUCAAAAUGCCAAGCUUCUAUCUUUUGCAUUUCUA